AUGGAUCUGGCGUACGACCACAUUCAAGAGGAGGCUUUCCGCCGAGAUACGCCUAAACCGGCAGAGCAGGGCUCGGAGCAGCCUCAAUCCUCCCUCAACGAAGAGAUCCAAGAUGCCUACAAGGCAUUCUCUUCCAGCCCCUGGGGCGCCAAGAUUGGUGGUUUCUUUGGCAACAUGGUGAAGCAGGGGGAGUCCGUCUACAACCAGGCCUCCAAGGAGCUGGCCGAGGUGAGCGAAGACGCCAGCAAGGGCUUUGCCGAUCUUCGCGAAACAAUCAUAAGCCGAACCCGCGGCAUGUCGAUAAACGCCAGCGGCGAUCAGGCAGCCAGAUCUGCGGCUGCCGGCGAGGAGGGGACCCCGACCGCAUCCGGCUCGGCCGCCGAUUCCGAGACCUAUCUCUCACGACUACGAACAGAGGCCGCCAAGCGUCUCCAAGAUCUCCAACGCGCAGAAGAUGCGGCUGACGAGGCGCUGCUUCGAUUCGGCAGCAACGUCCGCGAUUUCUUCCGAGACGCCAUCCAAGUGGCACCGCCCGCCGACGGGGCUGAAGGGAGCACCCUGCUCUUUGAGAGCAAGGACGCCUCUGGCAAGCGCGUAAUCCACACGUCCCGCUUCGACGCCCAGCUCCAUGUCAUCCAUACCUCUACCUCCAGCUUCGCCAAGGACCCUGAGGGCGAGGAAUACAACAAGUUUACGUCCGAGUUUGACGUUGAGAAGAAGACGGCAGACAUAGCUGCGGACCUGGAAAAGUACCCUGAGCUACGCGAAACGAUGGAGAAGUUGGUGCCUGAUCAAAUUACCUACGCCGAUUUCUGGAAGCGCUACUACUUCCUUCGCCGGGGCAUCGAGGAUGCCGAGUCUCGUCGCAAGGAGCUCCUCAAAGCCGCCGCCGCCGAGGACGAGGUUGGCUGGGAUGAUGACGAAUCUGACGACGAGGGCGCUGGCGCCAGCGCCGCGGCGCCCAAGAAACCCGCUUCGGUCGAGUCGUCCACCACCAUCAACCCCAAGAAGGAUGGCCUGCUCAAGCCCGGCGAGGUUACUCGCAAGUCUAACGAUGAGAAGUCUCAGGCCGACAGCGAGGCGAGCUACGACGUGGUUGGAGGUACCUCCGGCCUGCCGAGCCAAGCGGCGAGCAGCCCUAAGGAGGCGAAGAAGGACGAUGACAGCGAUGACGAUUGGGAGUAA